GCGGCAGUCCGGUGCAAGGCCCCCUCCCGAAGGUGAGGGGAAUGGAUUGGACUCCGGUGGGGAAAGCGGGUGUCUAGGAAAGUGGUGCUAAUGGGAAGAGAUUUCUGGUUUCAAAAGAGGAUGCUCUGCCACAAAGAGCGGCUCGCGCGCUGGCCUGGGCUCUAGCCGAGGAGAGAUCCCGGGAGAACUCCGGAGCUCGGGGGGAGCGCUCCUCAGAAGACCGGGGUCAACAUGCCUGUUCGCAGGGGGCAUGUGGCACCACAAAACACAUUUUUGGGGACCAUCAUACGGAAAUUUGAAGGGCAAAAUAAAAAAUUUAUCAUUGCAAAUGCCAGAGUGCAGAACUGUGCCAUCAUCUACUGCAAUGAUGGGUUCUGUGAGAUGACUGGUUUCUCCAGGCCAGAUGUCAUGCAGAAGCCCUGCACCUGCGACUUUCUCCAUGGGCCUGAGACCAAGAGGCAUGAUAUUGCCCAGAUUGCCCAAGCAUUGCUGGGGUCAGAGGAGAGGAAAGUGGAGGUCACCUACUAUCACAAAAAUGGCUCUACUUUCAUUUGUAACACUCACAUAAUUCCAGUGAAAAACCAAGAGGGUGUGGCUAUGAUGUUCAUCAUUAAUUUUGAAUAUGUGACAGAUGAAGAAAACUCUGCCUCUCCAGAGAGGGUAAACCCAAUGUUACCAAUCAAAACUGUAAACCGCAAACUUUUUGGGUUGAAGUUCCCUGGGCUGAGAGUCCUCACCUACAGAAAGCAGUCCUUACCACAGGAAGACCCUGAUGUGGUAGUAAUCGAUUCAUCUAAACACAGUGAUGAUUCCAUAGCCAUGAAGCACUUUAAGUCUCCUACGAAAGAAAGCUGCAGCCCCUCCGAAGCAGAUGACACAAAAGCUUUGAUACAGCCCAGCAAAUGUUCUCCCUUGGUGAACAUAUCUGGACCUCUUGACCAUUCCUCUCCCAAAAGGCAAUGGGACCGACUUUACCCUGACAUGCUGCAGUCCAGUUCCCAGCUGACCCGUUCCAGAUCCAGGGAAAGCAUUUGUAGUAUACGGAGGGCGUCUUCAGUGCAUGAUAUAGAAGGAUUCAGUGUCUACCCCAAGGGCAUAUUUAGAGACCGGCAUGCCAGUGAAGACAAUGGUCGCAAUGUCAAAGGGCCUUUUAAUCACAUCAAGUCAAGCCUCCUGGGAUCCACAUCGGAUUCAAACCUCAACAAAUACAGCACCAUUAACAAGAUUCCACAACUCACUCUGAACUUUUCAGAUGUCAAAACAGAAAAAAAGAAUACAUCUCCUCCUUCUUCAGAUAAAACCAUUAUUGCACCCAAGGUUAAAGAUCGAACACAUAAUGUGACGGAGAAAGUUACCCAGGUUCUCUCUUUAGGAGCAGAUGUCCUGCCGGAAUAUAAACUGCAGACGCCACGCAUCAACAAGUUUACGAUAUUGCACUACAGCCCUUUCAAGGCAGUCUGGGAUUGGCUUAUUCUGCUGUUGGUCAUAUACACUGCUAUAUUCACCCCCUAUUCUGCAGCUUUUCUCCUCAAUGACAGAGAAGAACAGAAAAGACGAGAAUGCGGCUAUUCAUGUAGCCCUUUGAAUGUGGUAGACUUGAUUGUGGAUAUUAUGUUUAUCAUAGAUAUUCUAAUAAACUUCAGAACAACAUAUGUAAAUCAGAAUGAAGAAGUGGUAAGUGAUCCAGCCAAAAUAGCAAUACACUACUUCAAAGGCUGGUUCCUGAUUGACAUGGUUGCGGCAAUUCCUUUUGACUUGCUGAUUUUUGGAUCGGGUUCUGAUGAGACAACAACAUUAAUUGGUCUUUUGAAGACAGCUCGACUCCUUCGUCUUGUGCGAGUGGCCAGGAAACUUGAUCGAUACUCGGAAUACGGCGCUGCUGUCCUAAUGCUCUUAAUGUGCAUAUUUGCCCUGAUUGCUCACUGGCUGGCUUGCAUUUGGUAUGCGAUUGGGAAUGUCGAAAGGCCGUACCUGACUGACAAAAUUGGAUGGCUGGAUACCUUAGGACUACAAAUUGGGAAACGUUACAAUGACAGUGACUCAAGUUCUGGACCAUCCAUAAAAGACAAAUAUGUCACAGCACUUUAUUUUACUUUCAGCAGUUUAACCAGUGUAGGAUUCGGGAAUGUGUCUCCUAACACCAAUUCAGAGAAAAUCUUUUCCAUUUGUGUCAUGUUGAUUGGCUCACUAAUGUAUGCAAGCAUUUUUGGGAACGUAUCUGCAAUUAUCCAAAGAUUAUAUUCGGGAACUGCCAGGUACCAUAUGCAGAUGCUGCGAGUAAAAGAAUUCAUUCGCUUUCACCAAAUCCCCAACCCUCUGAGACAGCGGCUUGAGGAAUAUUUCCAACAUGCGUGGACUUACACCAAUGGCAUUGACAUGAACAUGGUCCUAAAGGGUUUUCCAGAAUGCUUACAAGCUGACAUUUGUCUACAUCUCAACCAGACUUUGCUCCAAAACUGCAAAGCCUUUCGGGGGGCAAGUAAAGGUUGCCUUAGAGCUUUGGCGAUGAAGUUCAAGACUACUCACGCACCUCCCGGAGACACCCUGGUUCACUGUGGGGAUGUCCUCACUGCACUUUACUUCUUGUCCAGAGGCUCCAUUGAAAUCCUCAAAGACGACAUUGUGGUAGCUAUUCUGGGAAAAAAUGAUAUAUUUGGAGAAAUGGUUCAUCUUUAUGCCAAACCGGGAAAGUCUAACGCAGAUGUAAGAGCUCUCACAUAUUGUGACUUGCAUAAGAUCCAGCGAGAAGACUUGUUAGAGGUUUUGGAUAUGUAUCCUGAGUUUUCCGAUCACUUUCUAACAAACCUAGAGUUGACUUUCAACCUGCGACAUGAGAGUGCGAAGUCUGAUCUCUUACUACAAUCACAAUCCAUGAAUGAUUCUGAAGGAGAAAACUGUAACCUGCGAAGAAGGAAAUUAUCAUUUGAAAGUGAAGGAGAGAAAGAAAACAGUACAAACGAUCCUGAAGAUUCUGUAGCUACUAUAAGACAUUAUCAGAGUUCCAAGAAACACUUGGAAGAGAAAAAAAGCAGAUCAUCAUCUUUCAUCUCCUCCAUUGAUGAUGAACAAAAGCCGCUCUUCUCAGGAAUAGUAGAUUCUCCUCUGGGAACAGGGAAAGCAACUGGACUACAUUUUGAAGAAACAGUGCCCACCUCAGGAAGAAUUCACAUAGAUAAAAGAAGUCACUCUUGCAAAGAUGUCACUGACACACGAAGUUGGGAACGAGACAAUGCCCGGACUCAGCCCCAUGAGUCUAGUCCCUCAGCACUGCAGCAAGCCGCCUGGGGGAUAUCCGAAACCGAAAGUGACCUCACAUACGGGGAAGUAGAACAAAGACUAGAUUUGCUUCAAGAACAACUUAACAGACUUGAAUCCCAAAUGACUACUGAUAUCCAGACCAUCUUACAGCUGCUGCAGAAACAAACCACUGUGGUCCCCCCAGCCUACAGUAUGGUAACUGCAGGAGCCGAGUAUCAGAGACCUGUCAUCCGCCUGAUGAGAGCCAGUCAUCCUGGAGCAUCCAUUAAAACGGAUAGAAGUUUCAGCCCUUCCUCGCAAUGUCCUGAAUUUCUAGACCUUGAAAAAUCUAAACUUAAAUCCAAAGAAUCCCUCUCAAGUGGGGUGCAUCUGAACACAGCUUCGGAAGACAACUUGACUUCACUUUUAAAACAAGACAGUGAUCUCUCUUUAGAGCUUCAUCCGAGGCAGAGAAAAACUUACCUUCAUCCAAUUAGGCAUCCUUCUUUGCCUGAAUCAUCCCUAAGCACUAUAGGAAUCUUGGGUCUUCAUAGGCAUGUUUCUGAUCCUGGUCUUCCAGGGAAAUAAUCAUUUUGUACUAUUUACUCCACAUACAAUGUAAGUGCUUUUAAUGGCUGUUUUCCUUUUUGUAUUUAAAUCCUCUCUACUUGACUCAGGGGCUCACAAGUUACCAUUAUAUGCAAAAGUACUGUAUAUUUUCCUAAAUUGAAGCUUGUAAGGUAAAAUUGAGCAGUUAGAAUGUAAAUAUACAAAAGAACUUUUUGUCCCAAAUGUUAAAACUGCCAGCAUCUCAAGGCACCUUAUUUUUUAUUUUUAUUUUUUAAACCAUGUGCAUGUUAGGAAACUCCAAUUUCUCUUGCAUGGAGACUCCAUAUUACUGCUUUUACUAAACAAGUACUUUGUUAUGAAAAUGCCUUCCAAGCAAAUAAGAAACUAAGGUAUAAAACCACUCAUGGGUGCAAUUCAGAUGAUCCUCAACUCACGCAAGAUCCUCAACUCUCAAAUCACUUUUGAAAACAAAUACCCUUCUCUAUCAAGAUGUAUAUAGUUAUUUACGUUCAUUCCACCACACAGAAAAAAAAAAAAGCAAAGUUUGAGUUAUAAAUCUCUGACAGCAUAGGAUUUAUCUCCAAAUACAUGAAUAUAGGCCAGCAUUAAUGAGGACAAAAGGCCCUUCUAUUUAAAAUUCUGUCACUAACUGUAUUCAUAAACAACCUAAAAUAUUUUCCACUGGCAUAUUUCCUUGAAUGCUUAGAAACAAGUUUUUCUCAUUUUGCUUUUGGGGGUAGGGGGAGAGAAAGGAGGGCUCUUCUCAAAAACUGCUAAAAUGUGGCUGACACAAACUGAUACCCACGGCAUUCUUCUGAUUCAUGUUUUAGGGCAAUACUGAAUUUUAUUCAAAUAGUGGAAGCACAUUUUUUCCCCAAAAAAUGUACAGUUUUAGUGGAAUUGAAUGGUAAAGCUAGCUUCCAUUGAGUAUAUGUUGGUCUAUGGUUUUCUAAUCCCAGCUAUGGAAAAACAGUGUGUAUUGACCUGCCUGGGAAGGAAAUGCACUCACCAGCAGUAAGAUUUCAGAGUGUUUUUGGGUUAGUCAAACACUUGCUAAUCAACGAUUAAGUCACCAUCUAUUAUACGUGGGUUGAACUAAAUGUAUAUUGACUCCAGAAUAUCAUAACAUACAGUGGAAUAUAUUUUAAUAUGUAUCUUUAACUAUUAGAGUUUGGCAUAUGCCUCUCUCACACAAAAGCAGGAUACAGGAAAAAAUACAAGUUAAAGAUUCUAAUUAGCCAAAUCCCAGUUAAGCAAUUUUAUUUUUCAGCUAGCUUAAGCACAAUUUCAAAAUUAUAUAGACUGGUCCAUUAUAUCUUUUCCUUCUAAACAACAAUUUUAAAAUCGGUUGAAAGUUCCUUAGUCUUUGCUACUUCUUAAAUUCACAUAUUUUUAAAGAAACAUUAUAUCUGUGCAAAUUAUUAAAUGGGUUAAUCUCUAUCCCUCCAAGAUAGAAAUACAAUCUUACUGACUUUUAACUUUGACACUAAUUUAUUAGCUAGCUUCAAAUACAUGCAACGUAUUUAAAUUUACAAAACGAUUACACUAUUUAAAUUACAAUCAAAGUGAUUUUAAAUUUCUCCCUGUAUUUUUAAAUGGUCACAUAGAUUGAUAAUCUGUGUGGGAGGCAAUCUGCAGGCAUGAGUAUGUUCUUAUCCCUGCUUAAUAUUUGAAAAACCAAAGCAUAAGUGAUAAAGUACAUACAACAAAAUGACUAGUUAAGUCAGUGAAAGUAUAAUAAUAAAUAACCAGCCACACAAACCAGUUGGUGUUAUACAAACUUAAGGAUUGCUUUUAUUUCCUCAUUUAACAAACAUUCAGUGGGUGCCUAGCACUGUGUUAGACGCUAGAUCUAGCAGGGGAGAGGGAGUUACAUAAAUGGCUAACUUUGAUUCAGAGAGCUAUUUAGGGAUUUUAUUCCCAUAUUUGGACACAUUUUUGCAGCUGCAACAAAUUUCAUAAGGAUUCAGGCAGAUUCAGAUUGAAUUCACCAGAGACCGUUCAUUUAUAGAGAGAAGAGGAUUUGGCAGGUGAGGAAUUUAGAUCUGAUUGUUUGAUUAGUGAAUGCUUCAGCUGCAACAUUUGGUAUGACAUGCAUAAAAUUCGGCCUUCCACAUAAAGCCUCUAUUUAUACUUCUUUAUAAAAAGUGAGCAUGAAGGAAUGGAGGAUGAGAAAUGGUGUGCAAGCAUCCAGCUUGUUUAAAUUCUAGCAUGAGACAAACCUUUUUUCUUCUUAAUUCCUUGACAAAAUAAUUGCUUGAUAUUAAAAACUUAAGUCUCAUAGAGUUGGGCAGGAUUAGAAAGGUGCCCUCCUACUGGGUAUUAGCUUAAAAAGAGUCUGAGCAAUAUAAUGAUGUUGUGUGCCAUCAAGUCGAUUCUGGCUCAUAGUGACUCUGUAUAACAGAGGAGAACCGCCCCAUAAAGUUUCCCAGGCUGUAAUCUUUAUGGGAGUAGAUAGCCAUUUCUUUACUCUCAUGGAGCGGCUGAUGGGUUUAAACCACUGACUUUUCAGUUAGCAGCUUAAUGCUUAACCAUUAUGCACCAGGGCUCCUUAAAAAUGUGGUUUAAAAAAAAAAAAACCAUUGUCCGUGGAGUCGAGUCGGGCAUAAACAUCAGAAGACUCAAUGGUUAAAUUGGCUUCUAGAUGGCAAAGCAAUUAUCUUAAUGUACAAAAUGCAUCCCUUUGCCCCAACCAGAGAUCUAAUAUUUACAGGCAGACAGUCACCUUCCCCACUAGGGUGUGGCAAAAACAGCCUGGCACCUCCAUCUUGGGAUCCCGCUGAGGACCAGCUCUAAUUGCUGCAGCCAAUCAUAAUAGCAGUACAACAACUGCUUUCCUUCUAGGUCAUUAGAAGCAUUAAUGCCUUUUGCUUUCCUCCUAAAAAUAAAGUGUUACCUGGCUCCCUGGCCUAAACUAAAUACCAUCUAAAAAUCUGAAUUUUCUUUGGAUUAUAUGUUUUCCUGCUGUCAUUAAUUGCUAGGUGGAGGGCUGAAACUUACACAUCUCAUUUUAUCGCACAAGGGAGUCUUAGACCUUAAUUAGCUGAUGAGACAACUAGGAAGAAAAAAUGUUGAAUGAAUGUUCUUGCAGGGUUUGUAAGUUAACAAUCGCUCAUUCACCAAACAUGGGAAGGCAGGGGCAGAUUUGGGAUGGCAUAAUUUCUUAAACUUGUUAUAAUGAGUUGGUCAUCAGAGUUGAACUUUCCAACUCUUCUAGUCAGGAGACAUGGAAACUAAGUCAGGGCAUAGCAGCAUUUGGGCUGAGGUUUAAUACAUGUGUAUAAACAAGGAUUGUUACAAGGUAUUUUGGGGGGUUGAGCUUUGGCAAUGGUUCCAAAAUACCUAACACUUAUCCAAAAGUCAUUUUAAAAACCUAUGCUAUAUUAUCUAAGGUUAAAAUGUGUCACCUCAUCAGCAUAUCUAAAGUAUUAUUAUUAAUUAACAACAGUAUCUUUCCUCUAGAUGCCUUUAAUGGUUUCUUUAAAAAGGAAUUCAGUUGGAUGUACAGUUAUUAAAAAUGAAUUGCAGCAUUAUUAUGAUUUAAUAUAGCAGUCUAGCCCUGGUUAAAACCCACAGUAGAUUAAUAUGUUCAAGCAGAUUUCUUAUUACAAUUUAUAAUCUUUAUAAAUUACAAAGAAAUUCAAAUGUUACUAGGUUUCUAAUCAUAUUUUUGCAGUAAAACAAAUGUGUCUAUCAUGUGAAUACAAAGAGACACUUACUCAUGCCUUGGAAGACAGCAUGAUGUGGAACAGGGUUCCUCAAAGUGUGGUCUCUGAACUAGUAGCAUCAGUAUCACCUGGGAACUUGUUAGAAAUGCACAUUCUUGGGCCUACCCUAGACCUACUAAAUCAGAAACUCCGGGGGUGGGGCUCAGCAACUGUCUUUAAACAAGCACUGUCCACACGAUUCUGAUGCACACCAAAAAUUUGUGAACCAUCAAUGCAGAAGAGCGAGCAUAGGCUCUGCCAUCAGACUGACUUGGGUCCAGACCUGAGUUCUUUCAUUAAUAUCUGCGUGAUCCUGAGCAAGUUAAUUAAACUCCCUGAGUCUUUUUCCUGGAUUUGUAAAAAUGAAAACGGUGCCUGCCUCACAGAAGCCUGAGGAGAAAAUGAGAUAACAUAAAGUGCCUGGCACGUAGUAGGUGCUCAAAAAAUACUAGAUUCUGUUUCUCAUCCAGGAACGUGACACACAAAAACAAUGAAGAAAACAAAUAAUUUUUCACAGUUUAGCUUUUGCGCAAUAUGCUGUAUCUCCAAUGAAACAGCUGUUACUAAAACUAAAGAUUUUGAUUCAGAAAAAUCUAGUGUAGCUAUUGUUUUGUCUCUCUUAAUUGUAUUUUGCACUAUUAGGUUUAUAGCUUUAAAUAAUACUAUAUAUAAUAAUAGUGGGAAUAAUGAAUCUCAUUGUUACAAACAUAUCUGCUCUGAAUCGAUGUUAAACACAUGCAAGCUGAUCUGUCAAAUUCAGUACUUUGAGAAUGUAUUCUGUAAAGGCUGGCUUGCAGUGGAAGCCCCUCUUUAGAUUCAUGAUGUAGUCGCCAAGUGGGUAUUUGAAAAUACAUUUCCAAAAUAUGAUUUUUACAGUAAAUACUUCUAUUAUUUACAGAAAAUAGAAUUUUCCAGUUUUAAUAGCUCUUUGCAGGUGCCUGAGCCCACUCCUCUACAUUACACAGAUCUUACUUAGACUGCCUUAGUGUGGUAUAGCUAUAGGGACUCAGUGUGAUGAACCUGAAUUCAAGUCUCAUCUUCUCCACUUACUCCCGAGAUUUAAAACCUUAGUGCACCCCAGUAUGCUAAACUAUAAAAAUGGAGGUAAUAUCUUACAUACCUUGAAGGGGUAUGUUGAGGAUCCUCUGAAGUAUAUGUGAAGCGCUUUGUAAACCAUAAAGCUUCAUAAGAUUGUAAAAUCAUCCUGUGACUUGUGCAUCAUCACAAAGAUAGUGGUGUUAUGGUGGUAUUGCUGCACUAUUUGGGCCUUCUGAAAAACAUGCUCUUUACCCAACAUUGACCCCAUUUAAACUCUGUUACAAAAAUCUACAAAGUGAUUCUCACACACUUCUCAAAGAUCCAGUUGCCAGAAGAACACCAGGAGCAGCCGGAGAAUGCCAGUGUUAGCGAAGCUUUCUCUGCUAUGACACCCUGAUAUUUGUCAAAUAUUGCCUUAGUUCAACAGCAUAAAAUUAUACAUUUGCAUUGCAAUUGUUUUCUAGGUGCGCAAUAACGUACCCUCUCAUCCUUUCCUCAAGUGUUCUCAUUCAAAGCUAUUAUUAAUGAAGUGGUGUUAGUCCUCUAAAAACUAAAAGGAUCUUGUUUUUAAAUGCUUUAUAAAGUCUUAGUCAUUGUUAUUGAUCAGUACCCAAGCCUAGAAUAAUUUUAUCACGUGCCCUUGUAGAGCAUACAUACUUUGCUUUAAGAAAAUCCAAUGUGGAAAAGAAAAUUCACAGAAAUAUAUGAAUUAUUAAUAACUGACAACAUGAAAAGAAAUCACAGGGCUUAUUUACAUAAACUAUUAAGUGGAGGCUGAGAGACCUGAUUAACACAAAAUUAUUUAAAACUAACGAGUUAUUACUAUGAACAGAAGAAUAAAACAUUAUAAGAAUGUAAUGUUAAGAACACAGAACCAUACAAUCAACUGACCAAUUUCAUUGUUAUACUAAUCAUAAUCAAAUUCUUAAAUGAGAAUACCAAGAAUUGUUAAAGAACUCCCAAUCAUUUGUUUCAUUAUGAAAAGUGGCAAUAUUUACAUGGUUAUUCAUGAAAAGCUAAUAUCAAAAAUUAGAUGAAUCCCUAAAUUGUAGUCACGACAUCUGUGACUUCUAUUAGUUUAUAUUUGGAGAGAUGUGACAUAAUUUCGUAUAGCAGAUUUUAAAGCAUUUUACCUUUAACCUAUAUUCUUUGUACUUCCUCUGUGUGAAUAUACUUACUUUCAUGUAAAAAAGUCAUCGGGGCUAUCAUUUCAGUUUGCUUUUUAACUCCGUAUUAUUUUAAUGUUGCUGUUUUAAAUGAAAACAAUCACAAUUGUUAGCAUUUAAACUCUUUUUUUUUUUAAUUUGGAGCCCUGGUGGUGCAGUGGUUAAGCGCUUGGCUGCUAACCAAAAGGUUGGCAGUUUGAAUCCACCAGCUGCUGUUUGGAAACCCUGUAGGGCAGUUCUACUCUGUCCUAUAGGGUCACUAUGUGUCAGAAUCAACAAGAUGGCAGAACAAAAAAAUUUUUUAACUACUUCAGUGAUUGAGUAUAUAAGAAAAUUCUAAACCAUUUCCAUCAACCUUCUCUUUAUUUAGGAUUAAAAUUCAAGGAUCUGUAAUCUUAUAAUCAACUUAUCCACAGAGCCUCAUCAAAAUGUUCCUAUAAUUACAAUAGCAUUAAAAUAAUAUGGCACCCCUCUUCCAAACAUUAAAGAAAUAAAAGUAUUGGGGAAUCCCUAGGUUUUUGUUUGUUUUUGUUUUUAUCUCCUAGGCACCGACUGAUCUUAAUACAAGGCACAAUACUCUUUUUUAGCUGAAAUUGGCAUUUUAUAAUUUUGAUGGAAAGAUCUAUUGUAUCAGAAUGACUACCAGUUAAAUAAUAAUAUAUUUCAAAAAACAAUGUGUGUCCAUCACUUGAAAAUGCUAGUCAUCUGAUAUAAAUAAGAAACUCACGUUGGUUAAGUAGUAUCUUGGAAUGCUUUAAUGAAAAAAUCUACCAAAACACAUACUACUUCCUAGUUGUCUUAGUCAUCUAGUGCUGCCAUAACAGAAAUACCACAGGUGGAUGGUAUUAACGAAGAGAAGUUUAUUUCCUCACAGUCAAAAGUAGGCUAAAAGUCCAAAUUCAGGGCGUCCGCUC